AACUGUCAUAAUUGUCAAAAAAUCCGAAUAGAAAAAUCCACUGGGUCGAUGUCGUUAUUGUCGUUUUUAAUGGCGGUUUGCUUUUGAUAUCAUUUUGUCGUAGAAAAAUAAAGUAAAAUGUGAUACAAGAAUAGUGUCGCACGUGCCGUGGUGAAAAUUAUACGUAUCAUUUGGAAUUGUGUUAAUCCGAUUUAACCGCGUUUGUUAUUACUUAACCCUUUUUCCGAUGUGGAAACAGUUACAGAUGGGACUUCGGGCAUUUUUGCUAAUAGCAUCGAGAGUAUGGACGUGCCUGUGUUAUACGUUAAAGAAACAGACCCGGGCUAUAAUUCAACAUCAAUCCGUUAAAUACGACAUAUUUCCCUUAUCGCCUUUAUCUAGGCAUAGGCUAAGUAUCGUAAAGAGAAAAGUCCUCGUACUCGAUUUAGACGAAACAUUGAUACAUUCUCAUCACGACGGUGUCGUCAGGCAAACCGUACGGCCCGGAACUCCCCCAGAUUUCGUACUUAAAGUCACCAUCGAUCGACAUCCCGUUCGGUUUUUCGUACACAAAAGACCCCACGUAGAUUUUUUCUUAGAUAUAGUAUCCCAAUGGUACGAAUUAGUGGUAUUUACGGCGAGUAUGGAAAUAUACGGAGCCGCUGUGGCGGAUAAAUUAGACGCCGGUCGGGGCAUCCUGCAAAGGAGAUUCUACCGGCAACACUGUACACCCGAAUUGGGAUCUUACACGAAAGAUCUUUGCGUGAUCGGCAGCGAUUUAUCUAGUGUAUUUAUUUUAGACAAUAGUCCCGGUGCUUAUAGAGCCUAUCCAGAUAAUGCGAUUCCUAUAAAAUCCUGGUUUUCCGAUCCCACCGAUAUAGCUUUACUCAAUCUGCUACCGGUGCUCGACGCCCUGCGAUUCACGGCCGACGUGAGAUCGGUGCUGUCGAGGAACCUCCAUUUACAUAGGCUAUGCCAUGUAUCGAAAUAUCCGGCAAACUUUAGUAGUAGAAUGGGCGAACAAAGCCAAAAUAACAGCGACAAUAUUGUCGCGCAAUUAGAGGAGUUUGAGUACGCUCCUCGUGGAAUGACUAUUAUUGAUAGUUCGAAUGCGAACGUUCAUUCGCGCCUACCGCAAAGAAUGUAAUAAUUUAUUAUUUAAUGCGCAUUUUUUUUUAAUAUAAUUACGUCGAGAGAUAAUUUUUUUCUUCUUUUCAAUCGCUUUAUUUCUCUUUGGUUUCUCUUUUAAGAGGAAAGAUAGACAUGUUUGAUGUUUCGUGUGUUGACAGUGAUCUCGUUUUAUUUUUUUUUAGUGUGAAUGAUAAUUUAGUAAGUAAUAAAUACAGGGUGUUAAGCACUCAAAUAAUUAACACCCUGUAUAGAAAAAUUGCGGAUGAAGUAGUACUUUUCGAUUAAAUUUUAGAAUUCCGUCUAUCUUUCUAAUAAAUAAUAAAUAAUUAACGAUUUGUUUAGCUGUCUUAAGACAUUACAUUAGUAAUUAGAUUGUCUAAAUGUGUGUACAUAAUGAAAAUAAUAAAUGUUUUCCUUUUUUUUGUUAGUUAGUUUCGUUUAAAUGUUUUGGUAUGCAAAUAAACAAUACCAAUGUAAAAUUGAAUUCAAUUAUAAUUAUCGGACAAUCUUUAGGUCAAUAGUCGAAUGUUUCGCCUACAAUAAAUAUUCUGAGCAUUGUAAAAAUUUAAAACAUUUACUGAAUGAUUUAUUUAAUCGUUUAAUGCUCAAGUGCUUUCCGAAACGGAUGGAUGUUCACAAAAUAAAAAACAUUUUCAACUAAAAGUAAUUUUCGUCGGAUAGAAGUCUUCAUUUUACCGUAUAUUUAUUGUAAUUUUGCCUAUAUAUUGUACAUAUAAGUCUAAUAGAUUUGUAGUAUAAUUUACUAUAUGUAGAUUUAGUAUCAAUUUGUUGUCAACUUAUUUUUCUACAUUUCUACAUAAAUGUAUUUUAGUUUGAAUUUUCUAACCCGAAGGGAAAUUGUAUUUCGUAAAGCCAUUGUACUUGUUUUUUUUUUUUCGUAAUUUCUCAGUACAAAAAUGUUCCUAUGAAUAAUUUCGCAGAAAAAAAAUGGUUAGAAAAUGCCGAAUUUGAAUGGUAUAUUCUAGAUUUUUUAAAUAAAACCAAAGAUAGCAUUUCGUUAGCUCGGAUUGAUAUUUUAUUUGCUAGUAACUGCUAAUUUUCUGUUAAUAAUUCCGAUUAAUAACAAACAAGGUUCGAUCAAACUGAAUUAUUACGCACAUUUUUUUUUUGUAUAAAUCGAUCAAAUUAAUUAACUGAUUAAUCCAACCUUGUACAAAAAGACUUGAUUUUUAUAAUAUAAUUUUUUGUGUUUUCCAGAUUUUUUAUUGGCAAAACUAAAAUCACUGUAAAUUAUGUAUUCAUGUUUUAGAAAUAUUUUGGAAAUAACCAAAAUUUCGCCUAUUUUUUUUAUUAUUUUUUGUUCUGUCCGUUUUAUAAACAAAGUAGUUAAAAUGUUAGAUAUAUUGUAAUAUAUACAGGUUUUCUGCAUCAGAAAACGUUUGUGUUUCGAUAAGUAAAUGCCUAUAGGUUUCUUAAUGCACUGAACAUAAAUGAAAUGUACAUAAAAAUCGAUUUCUUUACAAAAAUUGAUGCAAAACAGUAAAAUCUAUUGAAUUACGUAAGUUGUGAUGAAGGGUUUUGUUUUUCUUUUGUCGAGUAGCUACACUUUUUCUUCUAAUGACUAAAUUUCAUCGCAGCUUAUUUAAGAAAAUUGUACUUAAAAUGACAAAAAAAUCACUUUAAAUUGUUCUAAAGUACUAAUAAAUAAUUAAGGGUUUUGUAUUUACACAGUAGAAAUAUCUACUCGAUAAAAUGUAGUAAAUAGCUUUUAAAUUUUUUCGUAUCGUGUUGGAAUUGUGAUAAAUUUUAUUCAAUCGUUUGUAGCCUAUUUUGUAAUGUUAUUUUUUUUUUCUCUGCCUUGAGCUGUACAUAUUUGUAAGUUUUAUUUUUUGGUAAAAUGUAAGUUAAAUACGUGUACCUAAAAGAUGUAAAUUAUUCAUUAGAUACAAUAAAUAGAAAUCUAAGAGCCUGACUUAGUUUAUAAGUAUUAAAUGUUUCUGGAAAAAUGCGGGAUUUGUAAAAAACUAACAAUUUUUCGAAAAUAUUUAUUGCGUAAAAAAACAAUGAAAUUACAUGUCGCAGGCUUUCGAAUCGUAAAUAAUUAUGUUUGUGUUAAAAAUUUACUUUUCUGCGGUUAAAUAACUGAAAAUCAUGUAAAAAUCAUCUAAAUAAAUAUAAAAAAAAUGUGAAAAUAAUUUAAAAGUAAGUGCCGUGAGGAUCAAAAAUGGACUAGAAAAGUUUUACAAAACUAAAUAAAAUUGAGAUUUACUCAACUUUCAAAAAAAAUAUAAGGCACCUUUUCGUUUUAUUUACAACAUGGGUUAUUAUAUCAAAACUAAAAAAUACAUAGCCUAAUCACAGAUAUAUGUUAAGAUAUAAAAAAUGUGUGAUGAAAGUAAAGAUUAUAAAAAUCAUAUACAUUUCCGAAACAACUCUUUACAAAUUUGGGAAACUUUGUAAGCUUUCAAAUAAACGAAGAAGAUUCAAAGGAAGACCAAUCAAUUUUAAUUCAAUUAUUAAUGAAUUAAAUGACCUAAGUUGUGCAUGAAGUUUCCGCAAAUUUCAAGUUAUUUUUUUCGUAUGUACAUAGUAUAAAUGUUAGCAAGAAAAUCUCCACAAUAUUACAAGGAGACAAAAAAUACAUUUAAAAAAUACGCACCCUGUAUAAAUAUGUUUUUACUACAGUUUUUUACAUGUUAGCAUUCUAAUAACUUUUAAAUAUGAACAAAAUUAAAUGUGUCCAAAAAUUGUAAAUAUUCAUGUGAAAAAUUUCCAAAAUUCACGUUAUAUCAAAUGAACUUAUCGUUACCCAGACUUUUCGAUUUAGGUAUUCAACAUAUAUACAAACGAGCUUCGAUUUCUCGAAAAUCAAAACGGCCUACAUCAAAAAAAAAGUUAAAAUGUAUUUUCGAACCGUCUAUUCUCCUCCUCAAAACAAUCAGUUCCAUCUCGAAUCAUUUAAUCGAAUUAUUGUCGUUCGGUAAGUAACAAAAAAAAAGCGAUAAAGAAGAAGAAACAACUCCAUUAAUUAUCAAAACAGUCCUUUCUCCUUUUUGAGAACGGUCUUUUUCCACGAAGGCAACCUAUCGAAUUCCUCCUUCGACAUCGACAACAACUGCUCGAAAUCCUCCGAAGAAAGAUACUUUUCUAUAUUAGUCGGAUCGACUCCUUCGGGCAGCGGCCUCUCCAACAACUCCGAUAACGAAUAAGUUGUUCUAGAUAACAGCGAUAAAUCCCUUUCCAACGGUACCAUUUCACCUUCACCAGUUCUUCCACUCUACAAAAGAAAUUAUGUACUAAAAUGUGCCUACUAUAUGUAUGUAGAUUUCCCAACAUUGCCAUUUUAGACCAUUUACCUUCUUAUUUAAUUCCACGAUGUCCGUUCGCACCUCCCAAGAGGGAAAUAAAUUGGUAAAAGCGACCGGUUCGGAGCCGGCAGACGUUCGAUAGGCUUUGAUCCUUUCUCCCGGUCGUUUCCUCUUCCAAUAAUCCACCGCCGUUUGCAUGGCGGCCUUUCGCUCGGCCUGCCAUCGAACCGAAACCAUUUGGUCCUCUUCGAGAUGCCGGGGCUCCGGCAAAUAACCCUGCCACAGCCACAAUUCGUGAUCGUUGUCGACUAGAAACAGAGCUACACGAGCAAAUAUAAUUAAUUCUAUUGUACAAUUAUUUUUUAUAAUUACCCGGUUGGCUGGCCGAAUAGAGAUCGGAUUGAACGAAAGGAUAAGGAGUGGAAUGUUCGCUCCUGUGCGGGCACAGAAUCUCGCUGGCCGAAAAUUCGCCAGUUAAACUGCACAUGUUGAACAUUCUGAUAGUGUGAUCGAAGGAUUCGUUCGAAUCCAAUAGCGAAUGGUACAAGUUUCUAUCUUCUCCUAAUAAAUUCCAAAAGUCUUCGGUUUCGGAUCCUUCGUUCAUUUCGACAACUUUCAUCGAUUCCGGCGUAAAUCUCAACACCCCCUUUCGCUUUAGAGACUUCGAUUUCGCACCGUGCCAUAUAAAAGCCUAUAAAACACCACAAACACAAAACAUCACACCAAUUAAUCAACUAAAUUAUCUUACUCUAUCGUUGUUGUAAUCGAACAGAACAAACGACGAUUUACUCCUCAACGAGGCGACGUCCAAAUCCACCUCCAUCAAAUACAUUUCGUCGUCCUUCUCGCCUCGCAAUAUAAACAGCCGACUUUUCGCAUCGUCCUCGGUCCUUUUGCCCUUUUGCACCGUCAUUUUUCCGGCGAACAGGCGCAGAAAAGCGGCCGGUUCUGCCCCUUGGGUCACCCGAAUUUGCGGCGCGUUUUCCUUAUCCAGUUCCACCGUCAACAGAGCGGCCACUCCUUUUUCCUUGAUCGAAGAAUUACAA